ACAUGUACAGCAGUUUCCAGUUACAUCUGUGGCAACAAUCACGUGACCGAAUGACGUCAUGAGCUGAAAUAAAUAGAAGCAGCGUCUCGUCUCCUUAUCUGUCCAGCCUUCAGAGUGAGGAAGCUCAGAUUCCUAACUUUGCUGGUAACUUCUGGAGAACAUGAGGCACUUUAUUCUGCUGUCGGCGGUGGUGGUGAUGGUGGCAGCGAUGUCCGGUGUAAAGGCUUCACCAGAUCCAAACUGCAUCCCCCACUGCUUAGUUGAGAAGAAGCAGACGCGCGUGUGUGGCUCUGACAACAACAUCUACAACAACUUAUGCGCACUGAACCACCAGAAAUGCAACGAUACAACACUCACUCAACUUGACGAAGCGGCCUGCAAGAAACUGCUGAAAGAGAAAAGAUGCCGGCAGACCUGUGUGCAAACCAAACCGACUAUCUUGUGUGGCGCUGACGGCAUACUGUACAGCGACUGUGAGCUGGAAGCCAAGCGCUGCAACGAGCCUGACUUCCAGGCUGACGACAACCUGAAGGCAUGCCCAGGUCAUCAUUGGGCAGACAAGAAUAGAGAAGUGUUGGACAAGAACCUUAAAAUGACCAGCGUGGAGCAAACUGGGAUGGGCAAGAAAGGAAAAGUUAUGGACAUAAACGAUGUGUCACCAAUAAAUACAGUAAAUUAGGAACAUGAACACCAAGAUGAACCGCAAACUACUGAACAACUAGCUGGGUUUGCGAGGCCAACCAGCGCUGAAGGAGGAAGCGAGUGCCACAGACCUACAGCAGCACCACAACUCUCGCCACGACGGCAGUUAACUUCUUAACUCUUCUUUGUUCCUUUGCUUUCUUUUCCUCAGCAGUGCAAUUGUCAAGCAAAUAAACGAUCAGUAAGCAUU